AUGUCUACUGGCGUUAUUAGGAUCAAGGAAAACAUGCUGUUUGAAAUUUCCAACACUGGUGCUCGUUUCACCGGCAGGGACAAAUACAUGGAUUUUCAAGCUACAAUCCUUGGAGGACAAGAAACGGGCGUCAACGAGUUCCCUUCGAUGACGGGGCUGGUAAAUCUGAACCCUUUCAUCAUAAUUUGCGGGGCUAGCACAACAUCACUUCAGGUAAUGCAAUAUCGAACCACCCCUUAUUCGAAGAUUUAUAAUGUUAACACCUACGAAAUCUUCCCCAACUGCAGUCUAAUUAAUACGGUGAUAGAUGACAUCGCGAUCAUUAAAACUCAAAACCAAAUAGUGUUUAGUUUAUAUAUCGGUCCCAUAUGCUUACCAUUUCGGUACAAAACCUCCGAUUUCGUUGGUCAACUUGUUACGGCAUUGGGAUGGGGUAGCCUGAACGUUUCCGAUAGCCAAUCGGACGUGCUAAGGAAGACAAGACUCAGUGUAAUUUCAAACCAGCAGUGCGCCCGGGACCAGACUGAGAAUAUCAACAACAAUCAUAUAUGUACAUUUACUCUGAGACAUCGCGAGUGCGCUGGUGAUUCUGGAGGCCCGUUGCUGUGGAUGGAUCCGAGCACUCAAAGGUUGCAUCUUAUCGGGAUCAUAUCCCACGGGCUCGACUGCAAUAUCGACAGUCCCUCAAUUAACACCAGGGUUACUUCGUAUUUGGAUUGGAUCGUUGCCAGAACUGGUGUAAAUUUUUGUACCCGCUAGGGACGCC